CUAGUGACUAGCAUCAUAGUAACUGGACGAGAUUGCAGGUAAAAAAAAAAAGCACUGCAACUUGCAUGGUAUUAACCGUUGUUGAUUUUUAAUGGAUCAACAGGUCCAGUGGAAUUUGUUCUGCUUAUGGAUAAUACAGUGAAAUAAUAUGUGCCCUGCUCGAAAAUGCUGGUACUACCUACCAGAUGAAUUUAAAAUUAACAAAGGAAGACUGCUUUACUAAAAUUUUGUACAUAAGUAGGUUGGAAUUAUAAAAUGUCUCAUUUGGUUAGGAAUUACAAUGAAAGCUGGCCUCCACAUUACCUGAAUGCUGGAAAGAGCAAGCUAUGGAAUGAGAAGAACUGGAAAACAACCUUAAGGAGGACACUGGAACCUUCACAAAGCAAGCCUCUGCUGCAAACAUCAGGGUCCAACUCUCUUGCAAACUUAGGUAGAAGGUAUGAAGACAAAUAUGGAGGAAGGAGGUCUCCAGUUAAAAUAUUGGAUAGAAAUGAAUUACCAGAUUCAAGCUACACCACUAGUUCCAUAUUAUCUUGUGCAAGUCAUCAAAGUAACACGGAAAAGAAAGGCAUUGCUGAAAAACAAACUAGAGGCACUUUUUCUAGUGACAGUUCAAGUUCAUUAGGGACUAAUAAAUGGCUGAAUCCUGCAGACCCCGAUGUUGUGCCAUUAAAAAAAUGGCAUUCACUGACACAAUUAAAUCAAAGACCUUUAUCACCUGCCAGUGCUAUGAGUGAUCGUGAAAUGCGAUCUACAACUGAUCAUGAAUUACGUAUAGCACUUGAAGAAAGUAGUAUUCGAAGAACUGAGCUUGUCAAAAGAUUGAGAGAAGCAUAUGGCAGGCUUGAGGGGCAGGCAGAUCAACUGCGAACCAGAGAUGACCAACUGGAAAACAACAAAGUCAAGAUUGAGCUGAUGGUACUAAAACAGAAACAGCUGGAGAUGGCAGUAAAUUCCCUGGAACAAGAGAAGGAAAUGUUGGAAUUGUCUCGCUUUGAAGAGUCAAGACGUGGAGAAGACCUUCAAAGGAAAAUCCAACAACUGGAGCUGGAAAUGCUGAAGGUGAAAACUGUAUUAGAAAGAAGCAGUGUGAAUUCUUCACCAUUGUACAGUUCAGCCUUAAACUCUCGACUGAUUACCAAUGGAGAAAUAAACGGCUUCUUCAGCAGAACACAUGAUGACUUUUUCAGACAGGAGAAGAAAAAGGAGAAGGAAAAAGAGAAGGUGGAGCAUGAGUUGCGUGAUGCAUUGGAAGACCUGAGUAAAAGUCAAGACAGAAUAAGGAUAUUGGAGGCAGAAAAAGAACGUAUGAUGGAUCAGCUAAAAAUUGCGAAGCAACAGAGGUAUAUCCAGAAUAAUGAGAAAAACAAAAUGCUAAGGGGUUCAGUCCAAGCACAAGACAGUCUUCAAGAUGAACUUAACGAUCUUCGAACAGACUUUAGCAACGUUAGUUUGGAAAAAGAACUGUUGUCGUCAAAAGUAGUAAGACUGGAGGAAAAUGUCACUGAUCUGAAGUUGAAGCUGGCUACAGCGGUAGCAGAUAAGGACCGUUUUAUGCAAGAAAAGCUGCAGCUACACAAGCGUGUCAAGGAGCUGGAGAUGGAACUGCAGCGUGCACAGAUGGGAAGGGAGGGUUUCACAGACCAAGUGUGUGAUUUACACAUAGAACUUGUAGAUGCCAAAGCCCAGGCAAAUAGGCAAGAUCAAGAAAAGAUUAUGAUGAAAGAAGAACUGGUGACUGUAAAGCAGGUAAAUGAGCACAUCUCUGCUGACCUAGCUGACACAAAGCAAAAGUUAGAAGUUGUUUUGAAACAGUUGCACGAGCUGGAGGCAGAAAAAGUGAUUCAUAUCAACCAGAUCACUGCUCUAGAGAAGGAACGCUGCCAGCUAAUUGAAGAAAAGGAGGUGCUGAUGACUGCAACAAUGGGGACAGAGGAAGUUUGUGAAGAUAAGAUGCAAAAACUAAAAGAAGAAUGCCAGGCACUUAGAGAUUCUGAAGACAGACUACUUAAAGAGCAGGAACACCUACAAGCGUGCUGUAAGGAGCUACAGACAGAACUUGGUGUCAAGAAUAAGGAACUUCAUCAGAAGGAGGAAGAGUUUUUACAUCAGAUAGAAGAGCAGCAGACAGUAGCACAGCAUUGGAAAGAGAGGUGGCAGGAGGCUGCUUUAUCCCUCAAAACAAAGGAUGAGGAUAAGAUUUCAGAAAAAGAAGAAACUAAGCAGCUUGGUGAAGAGUUGGAGAGGCUACAGUCUAUCGUUCUAAGUAAUCAAGAGGAAAUACAGAAUCUUUUGCAAGAAAAAGCUAAAGCUGAAUCUGAACUGCAGAAGUGUAAGGAAAGUUCUUCUAUACAGAAGAUUCAGCUUGAUGCGUGUAAGCAGCAAAUGGAGUUGGAAAGGAGCCAUAGCCAAUCACUUCAGCAAAGGCUUAAUUCCAACAUUUGUAAAUCUUGUAAGAUGACAAGAAGUCCAAGUGAAGUGGGAAUAUCAGAUCAUGACUUGAAACACAGCUCAUCUGUGGAGGGAAUGGAGGACUUGCACAGUGAGAAGGCAGCCCAGGAGUUUCUAGGAAUGAAUGAGCCACCCAAUUCCAAGAAUGUGGAAGCAAUAAGUAAGCAAGUUCCAGCUACAGAGGAGAUGACGGCUGAAAUCAAUACCCUUAAUUUAAAGCUAGCAGAGGCUAGUGCAGUCCAGAAGACACAGCAGGAUGAAAUCCAGUCCUUACGAGAGGAGCUAGAAGAGUUAAAGUUAAAGAAGUCAGGAGAUUUGAAUGCCUCUUUGGAUGAGGUUGACAGUGAGCUGUUCCAGGUGCGAAAAGAAUUACAAAAGGUCUGGGAUAUGCUGAAAGUACGAGAUUCAGAAUUUGAAGAACAGCAGCAAGAGCUUGAACUGAUCCGUGAACAGUUUUCAGAAUGCAACAGUAAGAUGAUGAAGAUUAAGCAAGAGCUAAAUAUUUGCCGGCAGCAGCUAGCACAGAGGGAUCAAACUUUGGAAGAAAUUAAAGAAAAACAGAAGGCUGCAAUGGAUAAGAGAGUGGUGUUGGAAACUCAGCAGACCAAAGGAGUUUUAGAAUCAAGCACAUGUCCUCCCUACCAUGACUUGGAAAAGAUAAGUUCUCAGGUGGAAGAUUUAAGAAAACAAUACAGUGAGCAGAAGACAGAAAAAGAUAAAACCAUAGAAGCAAGUGGUCCUUCACUGAUGGAAUCUCUAUGCGGUGAACACUCUCCAAUGAAAAAGGAUUUUACCACGCAGAAUAACCAAUAUGAGAAGCAACGUCAGCUGGUAACAGAAGAGUUAAAGACUCUCUUCAAAGAACGAGAGCAGUUAGGCAAAGCUUACAAUAAGCUUUCUGGUGCUUGGAAAGGAAAGGCUCCUGUAGAAGGAUGGCUUAACAAAUCACAAAUAAUCCAGAAUGCAGUGGAUACCAUCCACUACCAAGAGAGGAAAAAACAAGAACUUGAAGAAGAGAAUGAAAGGCUAAAAGGUACACCAAAUUUCAGAGAGUACACCGAAUUGCAAGAAAAGGUUAAGAAACUCCAAAAUGAACUUCAGCACAAAUCCGACAAAAUGUCAUCCAUGAGUAAUGAAAUUGAGAACCUGAAAGGCAGAAAUGAAAAUGUGAUAAAAAUGAGAGAAAGACUCCAACAACAGAUUGGAGAUAUCCGUGAGACAGGACAGCAAACCAGAGGAAAAGAAGCUCCAAAGGUGUUGCAUGAGUCGAUGGAAAGUGGAAGGAGCCAACAAACAACUAAGCUUGUUGAAGAAUUUAACAGUGAUCCAUAUUUGCCUGUCAACAGCUCUACUAUCCACACUGAACAGGAGGAAGGUGUUGGAUACCUAGGAGAUGAAUCCGUUCAUUUUGCCAAAUAUGCCGAUUCUUGCAUUACUUCAGGCAGUUCUAGGUCUUCCACCCCAGUGUACCUAGAGACUCCUUCACUUUCUGACACCCACAGCCUUGUUACAAGCCCAGCGGCCAAGAUGUUCUUAAGCACACAGACAUCAGAUGUGUCCCCCCUGACUCCACGCAGCUGGGGAGGGUCUCAGGAGUCACUAACAGACAAGCAUUCACUCUUGUUGUCACCAAAGCCCUACAAGGGACAAUUCCCCAAGAAACAGCACUGAUGUGGAUAAGCAAAGCAUGACAUUUAACUGUGUCACACAGUGUUCUACUUUAUAGUCUAACUGUGGUUUAAAACCGUUUAUUAAAAAGUUUUCAGUUUUUAAAAGAUACUGAAUAUUUACUCCCAAUAAUUUAAUAUCCAAAAAUUGUAAAGGGUUCCUCUAAUUUGAAGAUACCUAAGGUGACAAUAUUUUCAAUUACACAGACAGAUUUAGAAUUAAGAAAGUAUCCAUAAAAUAACUUUUUAUUAAAGAA